ACGAAUCCUGUAGUCCUUAGAGAGUCAGUCACAGAGUCAGUCGGUAGGUCUAAGUGGUGAGGAGUGGGACAGUCAUUAUUGUGCACCGAACACCACGGAUGACUACCCUUUGUACGGUCUGCUCGUGGGGUUCUCCCUAUGGGGGACCCUCUGGCGUCUCCUAUUUCCUUUGGGAUUCUGGAACACGAUGACGUGUAGAGUAGAGACGAGGGGUGGCGCAAGUACCACUCCCUAUACCAAGGCGCAGGAGGAGGAGGCUGCAAGGAUCUUGGCCGAGGAGAAGGCCAAGAAAGAGGAGGUAGUAAAGCAGGCCAAAAAGUUGGCCUUAAUGCAGGAGCAGGCUGCGAAAAGGAAGAAGUUGGAGGAGGAGCUUGAAAGGGUGAAAAAGGAGGAGGAAGAAAAAAUGAAAGUAGUGGAUGCAGAAGAAGAAGAAGAAGAGAAAAGAGUGGCAGAAGAAGUUCCCCUGAUCAGAAGGAGUUUCAGGGACAAAGGGGAGUCCAGUGGCACGAAGAAGGAGGGGGACCAGUGGUUGGAGAAAAAGGCGUUCGAGUGGGUCGCCAAUCUAUCCCUGGGAGAAGAGGAGGAGGCAAUGUUAUACGUCCCCAGGGAAGAACAGGAGGCGGUAGUGAAAGAGUGGGAAGCAGAAGAGGACCCCUCAAAACGCCAGAAUAUAGAAGAGGAGAAGAAGUUGGAGUGGAAGUUGCGCUUAACCAUGGAGAAGAAGAAGAGAAUGGAGGAGGUAAGUAAAGCUGCGAAAGAAUUGGAGGCUAUAAAAGAGCAAAGGGCGCAAAUGGAGGCGCAAGCAAAUAUACAGGGGAAGAUGGAGGUGAUGUCGAGGAAUAUUGAGCUCUUGGCUAAAGCAUGAGACGAGCAGUAUCAGUUCACUAGGAGCCAGGAUACAGCCUUGCGAUCAAUUCGAUUGGGAUUUAGAGAGUUCGCGAGUGAAAUGAUGAUGCACGUGGGCACAAAAGUAAAGGCGAGGCUAGAGA